AUGGGAUUCAUAAUUAACGAUGCCAAAAAAAAUGACGUGAUUAAAACGAGUUCCGCAGAAAUAAAUCGUGAGCAGCCCACAAGUGACAUUCAUUUGGGUGAAUCGAAUAACGGGGGAAAAAAUGCCGAUCAGUGCCCAGGUGAAAAUGGAGUUAUUCCAUUGAGUAGUGAUGGUGACACCCCAACGGGGGAGGAACAUCCUGUACGGAGCGAAGGCUACGUCGUGGAUAAUCACGCCAAUGAGAAAGAACAACCCUGUGGUGGCACCCAGAUUGAUUAUUUCGCAACGGAUGAGACCACUAUUAAUUAUGCUGCCAACCCCGGACAGCAUGGCCACUGGAGUGGCAACCAGGGCAGCGAGCGGGAGCCUUUUGUGGGCGAGACCCAGGUCAGUAAAGGUGAAGGAGAAGAGGAAGCGCAACCGUCAGCUCAGCCAAUGCAGCGAACAGAGCCAACGCCACUAACAGAGCCAACGCCGCUAACAGAGCCACCUGUCUCGCUUGUGUGGUCUCCCAACACAGUCCACCCCCCCGACGUGCCCCUUCAGCAACUUCCAUGUGACAACGGAAGUGACAUUAAUGGGAAGAUGGGGGAAAACAACUUAAAUCCAAAUGAUAAAGGAGGAAUGCACAGUUUGAGAAAUGGGAAUCGCGACUACGCAGGCAGCCGCAGUGGUGGUGGGUCCCAUGGUGUGUUUUACGUACAGAGACCAAUUGAAGAAGGACAGAUCGGACGGAGUGAAGACCCAAAUGUGUUAAUCUGUACCAUCGAGCAGCAGCAGAGUAGGUUCUCAUUCCAGUCAACUUCGAUGAAUCCUAACGAACGUGCCGUUUUGACACAGGAUGGGGGAGGAAGUGAAAGCCUCCCCAUAACUAACGUGCAGAAAUCGAUUCGCAGCUCAGAUGUGAGUGCAUCAUGUGGAGGGAAAGAAGCAGUGACGGUGAUGCCACCCCCUCUGGAGAGUAAUGCGCCAGAGCCUAAAGGAGCAAGUGGAAUGGCGCACCAGGCGGUGGGAAAAGUGGAUUGCGCAAAUGGGGAAGUAUCGAAUCAGGGGGAAGUACCUGGAGGGGUAGCGGAACGUAUCGCUCGAGCUGUAGCGGGACAUGUCGGUGGAGAACCCUCGCGGAUAAAGCACCUCCGCUCAUCUGAUCAGAAGCGUCCAAGUAGUCCCUAUUGGGAUGAUGGCGAUGAGUCGAACAAUAUGAUAAGAAAAAAAAUAAAAAAAAAAGUUGACGAAAAUGAUGAGAUAUUUUAUGCGAUUAAUGAAUUCAUGAAGGAGGGGCUCAAAGACGAAUGCAUCCCCUUGUUUGAGCGUCUGCAGCAGAAUUUGUUUUUUUUAGUGAUGCUUGCGAACAUCCCGAAUGACGACUUCGACGAGCUGAAUAGCAGUUCGUCGGAUUAUUAG